AUGUUGGCAGUUGGAAAGAUGUUGGCAGUUGGGAGAACUGGCCCUGAGGUUAUAAGAGUGGAAGAGCUGUCCCUGCCCCUCACCAGCUGGAGCACUCAGGAGAGUGGCCUCUACACCUCAACUGGGCAGCACAGUAGAGCUAGCCUUGGUGAUGUAGAUGGCAGUGAGCUCAAGCUAGCCCCCAAGGACACAGAGAAUAGGGAAUCUCAGCGAUCCUCAGUCUCUGCCGCAUCCUCCUGCCUGUCGCCAUGGCUGAUCCGGCACAGCGAGAGCGCCUGGAACCUAGAGAACCGCUUCAGCAGCUGGUAUGACGCCGACCUGAGCCCGGCGGGCCACGAGGAAGCGAAGCGCGGCGGACAUGAAUUUGACAUCUGUUUCACCUCCGUGCAGAAGAGAGCAAUCCGGACCCUUUGGACAGUCCUGGAUGCCAUUGACCAGAUGUGGCUGCCAGUGGUCAGGACCUGGCGUCUCAAUGAGCGACACUACGGGGGUCUGACUGGUCUCAAUAAAGCAGAAACUGCUGCUAAGCAUGGUGAGGCGCAGGUAAAGAUUUGGAGGCGAUCUUAUGAUGUCCCACCGCCUCCAAUGGAGCCCGAUCAUCCCUUCUACAGCAGCAUCAGUAAGGAUCGCAGGUAUGCAGACCUUACUGAGGACCAGCUGCCCUCCUGUGAGAGCCUCAAGGACACUAUUGCCAGAGCACUGCCCUUCUGGAAUGAAGAAAUUGUCCCCCAGAUCAAGGAGGGUAAAAGAGUUCUGAUUGCAGCCCAUGGCAACAGCCUUCGGGGGAUCGUCAAGCAUCUGGAGGGGCUCUCAGAAGAGGCCAUCCUGGAGCUGAACCUGCCAACUGGCAUUCCUAUUGUCUAUGAAUUGGACAAGAACUUGAAGCCUAUUAAACCCAUGCAGUUCCUGGGAGAUGAAGAGACCGUGCGGAAAGCUAUGGAAGCUGUGGCCGCUCAGGGCAAGGUCAAGAAGUGAGGCGAGCAGGCAGACUCCUACCCUAAUGCCCUCCUCCCUGCCUGUUUACACCUCCUGCACCCUUCCCCAACUCCUGCCACACUGACCACAUCCUUAGGAUCUUAAAUUUAAGUUGUAGCUGCAGAUGGGGACUCGUGGCUCCCAUUUUCAUUUAGUCUUUUAUCCCCUGCACCCAUUCCCUUCAUAGAACCCAGUCAGGAAAACACCUGGGGUGCAGGUUCUUGGUUCACCAUCCAGGGACGGCUCCUCUUACCAGGAGGGUUGAGAGUAGUAAUUAGAUUUUC